CAGACACGGGAGGUGAUUUCCAUUGCAUCUCAAGCACGAGUUAUCCUAAGAGACGCUGUACUAUGCUCUUUGCUUCUGAUGUACUUUGAACCACACAUCUUCCUAUUUUUUGUUUUGAAUGAUGCAGCAAUUAUAAUGAACACAUCUUUUGAUCAUGAGUUCAUAUGAGCACAUAGGACCAGACUGGGAUGAAGAAGAUGAACAGUCACACGGGCAGCAUGAACUGAAGCAGAGAUGGGGUCUGAUUUGUAUAAAAGAGUUUACAGGCUGCAUUCUCAGAUGUAUAAGAGUACUUUGCUCACGGAAAUUUCUUAAAGCACUUUUAUAUGGCCAGCUUGUAUCUUUGCUGCUAAGUGGGACGGCGGUGUUCAGUGGCCUUCUUCAGCAACAAGGAGUCAACACUCCUGCAGGCCAGAACUUUCUAAACUACUGCCUCCUGUGCCUGGUGUACACCGUCAUGCUGGCAUGCAGACCAGGAGACGAGAGAAGGCGAACUCUAGGCACCAUGUUGCGCUAUGAUGGCUGGAAGUAUGCCCUUCUUGCCCUUGUUGAUUUUGAAGCCAAUUACCUGGUUGUGAAGGCUUAUCAGUUUACCACCAUUACCAGUGUCCAGUUGCUGAACUGCCUUACCAUUCUUGUGGUGGUUGUGUUGUCACGCAUCUUCCUGAAGACACGAUAUACUGCAGUUCACAUGGCUGGAAUAGUCAUCAGUGUGGUUGGACUGGGUGGACUUGUCCUGGCUGAUCUACUCUCAGGCAGAAAUACAGAUGAUCCAGGUGGCAGCAAGAAAUGGCUAGGAGAUGUUCUUGUGGUGUGUGGUGCCAUUUUGUAUGGCAUGUCAAAUGUUGGCCAGGAGUUUGUAGUGAAGAAAUUUCCACGCUCUGACUUCUUGGGCAUGAUCAGUCUUUUUGGAAGUUUCAUCAGUGGUUUACAAUUCAUUCUCUUGGAAAAAGAUGAAUUUGCAACAGUAACUCUGUCUUACAAAAUUUGGUUGCCAUGGUUGUCCUUUGUGCUGUGUGUAUUCCUCCUCUACAACUGCAUGUCUCUGACCAUACAAAAGACCAGUGCCACCACCCUCAACCUUUCAAUGCUGUCUGCUAGCUUCUACUCUCUUCUCUUUGGCCUGUUUAUGUUUCAUUAUCAGUUUCACGUCCUAUACAUCGUGGCAUUUGUUCUUGUCAUAAGUGGAAUUCUCGUAUACGUUAGCAUAUCACAGGAAGAGGAGACGUCACCCACAGACCAAGAUAGCACAAGCACAAAGGUGGUGAUAAGUCAAACAAACUUUGAAGAAUUGAGAUAAUGUAGGCUUGUCCUACAAGAUUUUAAUCUCUCAUAUUUUUUGACUGUUGCUCAGAAAAGAAUUCUCAUUAAAGGUAUACUCAAGGCUGUGAUCAGGUCAAAAUGUUUAAAAAUUAUGUUUAGUUACAAUUGCAGUGCACGAGAGCAAUGCACAAGAAAUAAAUGAUUCGUUCUCACUUUAUUACCACUUAUCAGCACCAUUUCGAAUGCCGAUGUUUAUAAAAAUAUAUUAAAAAAAUCCAGUGAAAUCGACCGCUGUGUCCUUCUGCCGAGUAACCGCGAUAGCUUCCCGAGAGGGUUAGCAGACAAACUUGCCUGCGACGUAGGACCAAGACAGCAAGUGUCGGUGAUCAUUUCUAGGAUUUGAACUCGUGACUGGUGGUGUCUCAUGAGUUAAUUUAGGUUUUAAAGUGAACUUUUCAAAGCACAAAUUUUAAAAAUUAUAGAAAACAGUCUGUCACUUGGUAAGCAGUCUAGGUCAAAUGUCAUGUGAUGGAGAACGAGACUUUAUCUUAGCAAACAAAAGAGUCCUGUGUAAUUUCUUAUUAAACACAAUGUGCUACAAAACCUUCAACUUUUUCCAGUUGAACAGAUGUGAAAAUAGACGAGAUUCAAGUUGAUCCUACUCUUUAUGAGAUUCUAAGCAGUUUUAUUUUGCCUUUACAAUCUCUUUAAAGCUGUUAAGGUUGUGUUAUAUGUGGUGGAAUGAUGCAUGUACUUUUGUACAUUCUUUUCUCAAAGGAUACUGAAAUGUAACUUGAUCAUCAGCACCAGGGGAUCAAUCUCUUGUUGAUGAGGAUGUCAUGCUUUGUGAUUUUACUUUUGUAAAUUUUGAAUUUUAUGUACAUUUAUGUAAUAUAAUUAUUAGACUGCCAUAGUUUUUCGUCUCACUUUCAUAGAGCUGCAUUCCCACCAAUGCUCUCCAUACUUUACUUAUUGGAAUUAUACACAAGACUGAUCUCUGAAAUGUUUUCCAUUAAUAAACAAAUGCUCUGAGAUUAUUUUGCUGGCUUUCUAGGCAGACAUUCCAGUGAUACAUUCUUUUGAACCACAUUAUCACAAUAUUUUGUUUAAUUAGAAGCCAGUUCAAAUUGUCUAAUAUGAAAAAAAUCUGCAGAUAUUAUAUUUUUUUCAGUUAAAAAAAUAGUCAUUAUUUGUAAGAUCUGGUCUUUAGUCGCCAUUCAAGUUGCAAUGGAACUUGUGAAAUCCAGAAUUCACUUUAAAUGACUGAAAGUGGUCUUACAUUUGUACUAAAAGGCUUGUUAAAGAAAAAUUUUGAGCCAAAAUAUCCUAUCUCAUGUUUUCUGCCUUCAAUAUAAAAUACACUUUCUAAGAAUU